AUGGAUAGUUCUGAAGUGAUUUUAUCAUUUUCUAUGUCACUUAGGAGUGUAAACCAUAAUAAUAUAUCCGGUUUCUCGCCAAGUUGUAGCGAAAUUUUCUCCAGCAUAAAAGACAGCUUGGAUAUAAGCUAUAAUAAUCUUGUAUCGAAUGGCAUUAAUAUUUAUAAGGAAGUUUUAAUGAAAUUGGCAAAGUUACCACCUACCCUGUCUAUUGGCCACAACAACUUAUCGCUAUCUGCUAUUAAAGAAAUCAUAAGAGGAUUUUAUAUCACUAAUUACUGUGUAUCGCCAAUUGGGCCUAAUGACGAUGCUAAGUGUUUUAUUUACUCCAUUGACUUGAGCUACAGCAAAUUAACAGAAAUCCCAUCCAAUAUAUUUGUUCAUCUACGUGGAUUUUUAAGAGUCCUGAAUCUCAAUAAUAACGCCAUAAAACAUUUUGAUGCCUCCGCUAUAUUUCGUGAUAGUGAAAAGAACUUACAAGAACUACAUUUGGCUCAUAAUGCAAUAGCCGAAGUAACUAAUCCUAAUAACGUCCAAUUUAAUGCACUGAAAAUAAUAUGCGAAAGUAUAUUUCUUACACGUUCAGUAUUAUGCGGAAUUUACGUAGGAACUUGA